GACCUUAGUAAGACCUAUAAGACCUCUCGUAAGUGAUAGGUCCAUCAGCCAUCUUACUAUUGAUUUAACCGUUCUGCAAUACAGUUCACAAUAUUACAAUUAAAAUGAUUAAAACACACACAUUUUUUUUAAAACUUGGUUUUUUAAUAUUUUUGUACUUGAACUAUGUAAAUGGUUGUGCCAGUAAUAAAAAAUUGUAUACUGAAAUUGGAUGUAAACCUAUUUACAGCAACGAUUCAAAUUCUUGUCCAGUGGCAUAUGAUUGUGAAAAUGUGUUUACGAGACCAAGUAACAAGUGUUAUCUAAAUGGAAAUGUCUACGAACCAGUUGAUAGUCUUUCUAAAACUGACUCAGCAUUGAACCCAUGUUUUGCCGCUUGCUUUUGUGAUCAGAGGACCUAUGAUAAUAAGACCACAACUAAAUUUACAUGUGCCAAGGUUGAAUGUCCAUCAUAUUUCACAAGACUAAGGGAACCAUGUUAUUAUCAAUAUGACAAAGAUUCAUGCUGUGAGGUUAAAAAAUACUGCCCUGAAGAAAAGGCAAUUGAUCAUGAAUGUAUGUAUGACAAUCAGGUUUACAAAAAUGGUCAAAGAUUUUAUGUUGGUGAUUUUUUACAAUGUGUAUGUUCACCGGAAUUCAAUGGUACAGUUAGUGAUAAAUCAUGUAGAGAAGUUGGAUGUAGCUAUGAGAUUUUAUACAUGGAAAAUAUUUUAACACGAAGUGCCCCUGUUUACUUUGAAAAAGUAGAUGGAUGCCCUAUUGAAUGGCUCAAUCCUGAAUAUAAUGCUGCAACUGCUGAUGAAACCAUUUCUACCAGCAACUCUAAUAGCUAUAAAUGCAAGUAUGGAGAUUUAAGUUUCUCAGUAGGUCAAAAUAUAACUAUUGGCCCACAAUCAGACUCCAGUACAUACACAACAACAUGUUCUUGUAAUACUCCUCCAUUAGUUACUUGCAUUAAAACGAGAAAAUAGAGCAUUUAAUAAUAUUAAUAAAUAAUUAAUAAUAUUAUAGUACAUAACUACUAUGUAUAAAUAUAAAUAAAUAAAAUAAAUUAUGCCAACAAAUUUGUGUAGGUUGAUAUAACCGUAUGAUUAUAAAAUUCAAUAAAAUUACUAUUUACAAA